CAUCGCAUCCUCGGAUGGCAAUGGGGUCCCCUAAAUCGAAAUCGAGCUCCCCCAUGGCGUCCUCCAAGCCCCCCACGCCGUCCUCCGCGAGCCACCACCAGGCGCGCCGCCGCCGCCGCCGGUGCCUCGUCGCCACCACGGCCGUCCUGCUCGCCCUGGCCGUCGUCCUCGCCGUCCUCUUCCUCACCGUCCUCCGCGUCCGCGACCCCACCAUCCGCCUCGUGUCCACCCAGUUCGUGGGCGCCGCCCCGCGCUUCGCGCUCCUCCCGACCCCGUCCCUCCACCUCAACCUCACGCUCCUCGUCACGGUGUCCGUCCACAACCCCAAUCCGGCCUCCUUCACCUACGCCGGCGGCGGCCACACCAACCUAUCGUACCGCGGCGCCCACGUCGGGGACGCCGAGAUCGACCCGGGCGCCGUCCCGAGCCGCGGGGACGCGGAGGUCCGGGUCGCGCUCACGCUGGAGGCGGACCGGUUCGUCGCCGCCGGGGACGUGAGGCAGCUGGCCGAGGACGUGGAGAGCCAGGCGAUGCCGCUAGACGCCGCCACCACCGUCCCCGGCACGGUGCUGCUGUUCGGCGUGUUCAGGCGCAGCGCCGUGGCAUACUCCAAGUGCAGGCUCGUGGUCGCCGUCAUGGGGAUGCGCGUCCAGAGCCACGAGUGCAACAGCCGCACCAAGCUCUGACCCGAUGAUCGAUGGAUCUCGCCGGAGAAGAUUGGGCGCGAGGCAUGGCCGUGAAGGGGGGCGACACGUGCAGCCACGCCAGCGCACAGGGGAGUUUGGUGUGCCCCUGUGCGGUUACACGUUCGAUACAAAUGGAGGAUUGAAAUUUAAACAGCGGAUUCCCUAGACCAAAGCGCGCCUUGGCGCACAUUGCCCGUCCAAGUGCCAUGACCCAGCAUGUAUAAA